GACGGAGCCACGCAACCCCAGUAUGUCCUCCAUCCCUCAGACGGGCCCUGCACACACAGACUCCAGCUCACCUGCUGUAGAGAUGGACCCAGUGGAGUACACUCUAAGGAAGCGUCUUCCCCGGAAGCUCCCAAAAAGACGCAACGACGUCUACGUCAACAUGAAGACGGACUUCCGCGCUCAGCUAGCGCGAUGUCAGAAGCUUCUGGAAGGUGGGGGUCACAGAGAGAUCUGUGUUCACGGCUUGGGCCUGGCCAUCAACCGGGCUAUUAACAUUGCCCUUCAGCUGCAGGCCAGCAGUCAGGGGGCGCUACAGCUGGCAGCCAACACCUCCACAGUGGAGCUUGUGGACGACCUGGAGCCCGAAGAUCCGGACGAGGCUGGAGAGCCGAUGACGCGUACACGUAACAAUUCGGCCAUUCACAUAAAGGUGUUCUAUCCUGACGCUCAGUGACCAAUCAGGAGGUUUCCUGUGGAUCAGCCUGAGAUUCUCCAUUAGUCCUCAGGCCCUGUUUGUUCCUUCGUUAACCAGUAGAUCACAAACACUGAGUUUAUGUGGAGAGCCACCUUUGCUAUUCAUGUGUUGUAUACAUUUU